AUGAGAAGUAGCUUGGCAAUCCUUGUUCUUGCAUACGCGACCUGUGCAGUAUCUGAGCGUCUGAGGGUGCUUGAAGAUAUUUGCAAUGGCUCCACGUUGACCACCAGAGAAGGUCAAGCCAUCGAGCUGAAGGCCAGAAAACAGCCUGGGCAGAUCAUCGACACCUUCGCCUUCGGCAACAAGUUUGAGAUUGAAGUGCUUUUGCUUCGCCUGUAUGAAAUGGGAGAUGAAGUUGCUGAGUUCCACAUAGUUGAGGGUGAUCGUGACUUCACUGGAUCUCCCAAGGAGUAUGAGUUUGAUCUGGUGCGUGGGAAGUUGGACGCGUGGAAGCACAAGAUCACCUAUCACAAAGCCAAGAUCCCUGCUGGAGUGAAGGACUACGACUUGCAAAAUGCUCAGAGGCUGUCAAUGGACUCCGAGAUGAAGUCGACUCCUCGCGAUCCAGCGGAUGUCCUUCUUGAGGGCGACCUGGACGAGAUCGUUCACCAUCGGACGCUCCAGGUUCUGAGAAACUGCGAGCCUGCUUCUGGCGCUUGGAACACGCGCAUCCGCAUGGGCAACUUCUACUACACGAUCGGGUGGACCACGGGUGAUUGGGAACACCCUACCACCGCUUCAUUCUUCAGUGAGGAUCACCCUGCCAAGUGGUCCACCUCAUUCACUUCGUCCACUUCUGGCAUGUCUUCCUUCGCUGAAGCCAAGGCCAUUUGGGAUCGGCCAAAUCUGCUGAGCUCCAGAGAUGGCCCCACUGGUUGGCACCUGGGUUGGAUCCUGAAUGGUGCUGAGGGCUUGGCUCGAAAGAUCUUUCUCCUAGUCGAAGGUCGACCAGUGUGGGCCCGAGACUACAAGGAUGAGGCUGCGCUGGCCAAGUUCCUGAAGAGCUCUUUCUAUGCCAACCCUCAAUCCUACGACUACAAGAUUUAUCCAUCCCAAGUGCAUAAAGAUGAUGUGCCACAGGCUCUUCUUGAACACCCUGAAGAGUUUCCUACCAUCUUGCGUGGUGUCACCCUUUGA